GGUUGAGAUAAGCCGAGCUGAACAAUGCGAAGGGCGGGCAGGUCUCUCCGUAAUCAUUGACAGUGCGUUAUGAGCUCGUGAGCUUGUCGUGUACUGUUGUUUCUGGCUGUCAUUUAUACGUAUUGGCUCGCCGUGGGCUGCCUGUGUUCACUGAGGGCUUUAAGCUCUCUCAGUGCUGCUUGACAACCAGUGAUCAAUGCUGCACAACGAAAGCGCAUGGGGAAGGUCAAUUGGGGCAUUUCUGGUUGAGCUGUAUAUGAAGCUUAAUUGGGCAGUAUAUAAAGGCUAGCGAGCAGUGUUUCCUUCCAACCUCCUACUCAACAUCAACCGUGUAAAGCAUCCCAUGAGUCUCGUCAUUCUGUUGUCAGUCCUCGUCGCUAACGUCCUCGCAUCAUUGGACACCAACGUCGAAAAGAUCCCCUUGGCCGUGAGAGUGGCCGAGGUCUUCCACAAUGGAUUCUGUUUCCAGCAGUUUGCUCCUGUGGAGUCUGUGCAAGCCGUUGAAAUGCCUACGUGGGUCAAAAGCGGCACCACCUGGAACCACUUGGGGUUCCAGACCGACUGUACUAAGGGCGAAAACACCGUCGCCAUGGCUCCGGGAGACACCUCCAACUUGACAAUGGCAAAGUACUACAUGCUGACUUACACCUCUGGCUAUCAGGUGAUGGAUUACACCGGGUUUCAAGACAAUGAAGAGCGUGUUGCGCUUCUCGAGUAUUACUGGACCACCGGACAUAACUUGUUUGAGGAUGCAACUACUACAGCACUGAUUGGUCGCCAAUCGGGGUGAUUAGUCGCCAA